GAAAGGGGAAAGAAGAAGAAGCAGAAGAAAAAAGAUUAGAGAGUGAUGGCAGGAAAUGAAUAAUAAAUGAAAAGGAGGGUAGUUAGUGUUAUUACCAAUGAACUGUUGUUCGCCUUUAAUGGAAGAUGGAGAGGGAAUGGACUUGUGCUCCCAUAACUAACACAAACAAUAGUCACCCCCCUCUAUUAUUGACCCCCUUUGUCUUCUCUCUCCUUCAAUAUCUACACCUUUGUUUGGUCCUCUUUUGACAACAGCAUCUUCACAAAUUUGCUUUACAGAGAACUGAUUGGGAAUUGGAAACGGGAGGUUUUGAAGAAAAAAGAUACCUGAUUAAUCAAGUGUUUGUAAUUCUCACCCUCAACUAAUUCGAUGGAAGCUGUCGUCUUAUUUUGAAAUCUUAGGUUCUUUUCUUCUCCUUUACUUCCUCAGCAACCAAACAAAAGAUUAUGUGAAUCAUCAGCUGACGUUCUUUAGUAUCCGAGAAGUACUACUGUCAUUCCAAAUUUAGUAAAGAGUUCAUGGUUAAGGCACCCGGGUUCAGUUUCUCCUCCAUGGAGAGUGUGGCUUCAUCUUCUUCAGUUGCACAUCAAGAACCUUCAAACUAUGAUGAAUACUCCAUGCAGCAGAGCUUGCUCUUUGGAGAUAGCCUAAAGGAUUUGAAGAGUCUGAGAAAACAGCUGUACUCAGCAGCAGAGUAUUUUGAACAAUGCUACCAUAAAGAUGACCAGAAACAAAUAGUGCUCGAGACCCUGAAAGAUUAUGCCAUCAAAGCUCUCGUCAAUACUGUGGACCACUUGGGGUCUGUAACCUACAAGGUUAACACUUUCUUGGACGACAAAAUUGGUGAAGUCCAUGGAACUGAGCUUCAGUUCUCUUGCAUUGAACAGAGAAUAAGGACAUGCCGAGAAUUCAUCAAUCGCAGUGGCUUUUGUCAACAGUCCUUGCUGAUGAGAACUCCCAAACACCACAAGCGGUACACAUUUCCAGGCAAAUAUGGUGGGGAGACCACAAACACUACUGGGCACACUAUACCAACAUAUCAGACUUGCAGCCCAUAUGCUGAAGGUGACUUGCAUCAAUUUUACAAAGGUGGUCUAGCAACAGCUUGGGAGAUGCCAUCGUCAAUGAUGGCCAGAAGAGGACAUUCUGCGCGACCUUCUCCACAAUCUUCCCCUAGACCCAGAGCCUUUCCAUUCAAUAUCACUAGGAUUUCAUCCAGCAAAGAACGAGAUAAACGAGCAGUCUCUCCAAAUUAUUUUCCACUUAUCCGUUCUGGAUCUGUAGCUAGCAGAUCAACCUCUCCAAACUCUUCUAAAGCUAAGCUACGGACCUCAUCAGAGCCUCGAUCAGCUUCAUUGUUCACCCGUACCGAAAGAGAGAGAGCAAAGGAUAUUGAACAGCAAACCAGCCAAAGUAAACGUCUUUUCAAAGCCUUGAUUAGCAUGCGCAAGCCAAAAAAGGACGUGACGUUGUAUAGAUACUUGGAUGAGAACUAAGAGGGCAGAGAAAGGCAUGGAAGGAAGCAGAAAAUUGUUGAGGACUUGUUUUCAAUUUCACAGUUUUCUUAAGUGUAACUGGUUGCUAGUGCUUCAUGUUUUGGAAUUGUUUCAAAUCUAAGGUCUAUAGUGUAUUGUCCUAUUGAUCUUUCCAGGAAUUCGCAGUCAAUGAUAUUAUCAUUGACAUUGUAACUGGACACCAGGCUUCAAUUUCCCAAAUUAUUUUAUGCACUUUAUAUAUGCUUUUCAA